AUGGAUGAGGUUCGCAUUUUUGUAAACUAUAAUGGAAGGUGGGACGAGAAUAAUAGAUACGUUGACAACGAAACGAAAGAUGUAUUGGUUCCUCUUGGAACGUCAUAUGUUGAGCUUUUGGAGAUAUUAUUUGGUGCAUUAGGUUUGGGGCCAUUGUCCCAAACAAUACGAAUGAAGUAUAUAGCUGAAGUUGGAAGCUCGCCCAUCAAAAUAUUGCAUGACCGUGAUGUGUUAUUCUACUUGAAAUUGAAAGAGAAGGAUCAUCAAAUUGAUAGCUACCCGAUUUGUCUUGAGAUUUUGAAUGAGCCGAUGAAGGAGAUUUUGCCACCAUCUUUAGAAGAGAAUAACCAUGUAUCAGAUGCAAACAUUCUGUAUUCACUGCAUGAGUUCAACCCUGAUCCACCAGUAGAAGCGAAUGACAGGAGACUGAAUGUGGGCACUGAAGAUGAGCUAAAUGAUCUAAAUGGUGUUUCAAAUGCACAAGUUUUCGCUGAAGAAAGAUUCAUUGAAUGUCAAACAGAACCUGCAAAUGCCGAUGAUGGGCAUAGAACAACUGAAGAGUUAGAAUACGGUGUUAGAGAUGUAAUCACUGAGCUCUCGCCCAUUGCCCUGAAAGUGAAAAAUAUUUAUUCAAAUAAAAAGCACCUAUACAUGUUGGAUAACAAGAAUCCUGGAUCACUUGUUGUCUUGGAGACAGAAGAAAACAAUCGGUUCAAGUACCUCUUUAUGUGCUUGGCUGCUUCCAUUCAAGUUGAGGUGCAAGCAAGGGAUAUGCCAAUCACGUGUUUGAUCGAGUGGUUGAGGUCAAUGGUGCAGAAAUGGUUUUUUGAACGGCGUAGUGCAGCUAAAUCCACAUUCACAGCUCUUGCAACUGCAGCAGAGGAUCGGUUGAGGCAGCAGAACACAUUGUCGUUAUCAAUGGACGUACACCAUACAGAUGGCAAUGUGUUUCGUGUUGUGGAUCCAAAAAUGCAUUCAUUUGUCAUAAGUAGUUCAUUUGCAAUUGCAUUUUUCUGCUUCGGAUGUGUUUAUGAGAACUCUAAAACCGUGUUGAUCUGCAAUUGGUGA